AUGAGCACAACAAGGUCAAGGUCGAGUAGCAAUCAGUACAUUGACGCCAAAUUUCACCCGGUUUUUCCGGAAGUGAAUACGCGGAUCGAAGGUAAGCUGUACGAUAUUGAGGUGCCACGAAAUUCAUUCUGCCGACACGGGAUUUUGAAAACAGGAAGCAGCAUAAGCCCGAGUCCUAGAAGUAGAGGUGCACAGGGG